AUGACCACUCCAUUGGCACCGCCGCCCGACAAUCCGGUCGCUGGGUCGAGUGCUCAACCAGCCGACAUGCGUGCCGUUCGCCUCCGGAACAGGCUCACUCUCCCAAUGACUCCGCCAAAUGGGCCAUCUAAACAACUUGACGUGCCCGCAGGUACCAUCGGAUAUUUCAUACGAGAGCUUCCCGAAGACUAUUGUCUCUGUGAGAUGAUCAACGACAGAGGCGGGAGACAAAACUUUGAAAUACGACGGAAACACCUCGAAAUCGGCAAACCCCACUCUGCAUUCUCUAUCCAUACCCCACAAAUACGUCAGGCCUCGCGGGUGGCCACCCUCUCUACUCGACGAGCGAACGAUCCAACAGGACAGGCUAUUCGUUUCAUGUGGGAUGACAUCCAGGCAAAUCUGAGUCUUUUGGGAGAUUUGGGUUUGAAAAGCCAUAUCUAUGAAGGUAUUCUGAAUGACCCAGCUAAGAAGAGCGAGGCUUUAGAUGCCAUUAUCGCUUCAUUCUCCGAACAAGUAUGGACCGCUCUCAAUACCCCUGGGCUCCCUCUCAACGCAUUUCGCAGCCUCCCUCGAAUCACCGCCACCAGUCCUAGACUUCGGUCUUCGCAAACGUUGAUCUACCUUCGUCUCUAUGUUGAUGGAAACCGAUUCGCAAAGUACGGCGGCAUGACCAGCCGUGAAUAUCCCGGCCACCGACAGCGGGAGCACGAGGAAGCUAUCAGGGACCACUCAAAUAACACCCCCCAUUAUCGUGAGGCCAGAACAUACCCCGAGGCCAAUCAACAUGCUAUCCGAAUGAUGCUUUUAUCCAAUGUUGACCGUAAUAUCAUUUCCAUGGCCGAGACAACUCUUUGCUGCCUCCUUCAAACUUGGAAUAGCGAAGUAGUGCGACCCUCGCAGAGAUCUCUUCAGGACGCUAUGAGCGCAGGUGCUGUUCGCUCGAUCGAACACCGAUUGCUUAUGACUGCAUUCGCAAGAAUUACUCGCACCGCUCUUCAGCGCGCGAAUUAUCCCAUUCUUGGUGGAGUUGGGUGCAAUUGGAACUUACCUCUUCAAGAGGGUGCAUACGACAAACGGGAAUGGAUACGUUACAGGGUAAAAACGAUGGAAGACGGAAAGCCUCACCCAUCACCGUGGUACCGUGGUCCUGUUCACGGGGCAUGGAAUAACUGCCACGAGCUUCAUAGCUUUGCCAUGAAGGUAGAGUGGAUGGACGAGAGAAACGCAAACGGAGACAAAACAGUUACUUUAGAGUGGAGAAAAGCAACAAGUAUCCUCCAGUUCCUACACAAUCGACGAUAUAGGAACCCACCAGCCUACCUCGAGUCCUCAUACAGGCCCCUGAUCAGACAUGUGGAAUAUCAUCAUUUGUCCCAGACUGUCAGUUUCGAGGAGGUUCCCGAAACGGCCAUCGACCCCCCUUCCAAAGUCUCUUCAUUACAUAAUGUCAGACUCCUCGCACAAGCGUCUAAGACAUAUUGGCCAGAGAUCCAAGUUGGCCUUAUGCCGUCGGCCAACUGGUUUGGAAGAACUGGACAAGGACUCCAAUUAUCGUCCUGUGUGAUGUGCCUUAUCUACAGGAAAAUGAAGAAUAACCAUCCGGCGAUUCAAGGCUGUGGUAAGCGGGAGGGUAACUUCAAUGUCGACGCUAAUGAGGAGCAACGCGACAUGAUUCUUCAAGGUUCUUGUUGCCUCUGCUGGGAGUACUAUCGACGGCCAUGUGUUUGGGCGAGGUACGGUUUUGGCAGGGACGAUUCGAGAACUGUAACAUUUUCUCAUAUCUCCAUGCCCGCAGGGUAUGAAGGUGUUGCGAUCAGGGAGAAGUACGAACGCUCAGCUAUUCCAAUUCAAGCCCCAAUGACGCUUGAUAUGUAUCAGCAAUUCGAGGGCAACGAUGAAGAGGUGGCCGCCAUCGAAACUCAGCUGUCACAGGAACCAGAAGAUUGA